AGGGCGGAGCGGAAAUCACUAGUUGCUGCAUAACGAGUAUUGUCAAUAAGUUGUAAAACAUUAGUAUUGUUAUUUGUGGCAUAAAAGAAAUUAUGAUAAUGCACAGUAAACACAUUCUAUUUAAUCCCUUAACUGUAUUAAUUGCUUUGGAUUUAAUUUCACAUAUGAGAGUAGUGAGUGCCAUCCAUGCACGCAGUGAAAAAGAAAUGCAAACCACAGCUGUUCAAUCGGUUGUGCCUAUUACGUCUCCAUCGUCUUUAACUGGUUCAGCAGCAGUAUCGUCAGAUUUCAACCCACUUGGACCAAUGGUUAUGUGUUCGUUUUUGCCUCGUGACUUUUUGGAGUGCAAAGAUCCAAUUGACCAUGAUAACAAUAAUACAGCCAAGGCAGUAAAAGGUUACGGAUGCCUGCGUUUUGGAGGAUCUACGUAUGAAGAAGUGGAGCAUACCGAAGUUCUGUGCACAGUAUUUUCAGAUAUUGAUUGUUAUGGACCACGAACAUUUUUACGGGAUGGUGUGCCCUGUGUACGCUACACAGAUCAUUAUUUUGUGACCACACUUAUAUAUAGUAUUUUAUUAGGGUUCUUAGGUAUGGAUAGAUUUUGUUUAGGCCAAACAGGCACAGCUGUAGGAAAGCUAUUGACACUUGGUGGCGUUGGAGUAUGGUGGGUUAUUGAUGUUAUCCUACUUAUCACAAACAACUUGCUUCCAGAGGAUGGGAGCAAUUGGAACCCUUACAUAUAAGAUGGAAAGUACAUAUUUCCGAAAUAUUGUGAUAUUAUAAUACAAUAAAAUUUUAAAUUUGAUCAUAA